AUGAAAGGUCCAACAAGGCCAGCGCCUGUGCCUCCAGGUGCUAUUGUCCAUAGAUACUCCCCAGUUACAAAUUUGAAUGAUGAUCCCUUCGGCUCUGAAGUUUUUGAACCAUCACCAAUGUACUCCCAGAAGAAGAAACCACCUCCUCGGCCACCUCCACCAAAAAUUAAUAAGCAACCAGAAGUACCAGCCAAACCAAUACACUUUAUGCGUAGACCUACUGUUCUUACAUCAUUAUUAAAUCGCAAAAACAAAAAUAUUGUUAAUCAUUCAACUGUGAAUCCAUCAUCUAUUUCAACAACAAACUUUACAGACUUCAGUGAAGUGGAUAAUAAUAAAAUGUUUUCUAAAUCAGUGAUGGAAUCAGUGUUGAUAGCUUUGGAUCUGAUGCAACUACCUCUACAAGCAAUAAGAAAUGCAAUAAGUGGUGGUAAUGCUUCUCAGGCAGAAAGUGGUUUUGAGGAUGAUUUUGAUCUCUUCCUUACAACGAGAAAGCAAAUAAGCAAAGAAGACACACUGGAUGAUUUUUCAACAAUAGAUCCUUUUUCACCACAACCAGUAAAUAAACCACCAAUUAUGAAAAAAACACUUGUAAACAAAGAUUUAUUUGAAAUAUGCAAUCAGAUUACUGCUCCUUCCAAAGGACCAACGAUAAUCCGAGCAAAACCAGCUCGACCAAAACCACCAGAUAACUCGGCAUUAUUAAAAAGCUCCUUUGGUAGCAGUUUCCAAAUGGCAACUAUGAAUAUUAAUACAACAACGCCAAUACAAAGGGUCACCAAUGGCUUCGAAGAUAAUGACGAGAAAUUGCUCUGGGACCGCGAUUCACCAGAGCGAGAGAAAACUCCUCCAAUGCCGACAAUCCCGCCACCACCGCCUCCAGUCAUCGACGAUGACCUGCCCGUGGUCUGGCCUGAUGAUCUGCCCGACACUGAUCAGAACAGCGAGCCGUAUGCAGUAGCAUUAUUCGAUUAUUUCACAGGUCACUCGGAGGACUUAUAUUUUUCGGCUGGAACGAAAAUAAUACUAGUCCGGCGCGUGAAUGAAGAAUGGCUGCAUGGUAAACUAGAAACAGGAGCUGACGGUCUCUUCCCAUCAAAUUAUGUAGAAAUCAAAGUGCCUUUAAACGAUAGCAGUAUAAUGGGUACCGCUGUAGCGUUAUACGAUUUCGCGCCAGUCCAAAAUGGCGAUUUACAGUUUAAUACAGGCGAUAAUAUAACAGUUCUGUCGAAAAUUAGUGAUGAAUGGUAUUUCGGUGAGUGCAACGGGAUUAAAGGCCAGUUCCCAGUCAACUAUGUGCAAAUUAGUUAG